CAAAGGACCAUGAAUUGAGGAGGAAGAGAUUGACACCCACAACAAAUUUCAAGACGACUUUUGUUUCAAGAUUCAUAAUUUUUCUCAUUUUUGGCAGUUACACGGCCGCGAGAACAGGUGGCUGAUGCAGAAACAGUGCUUGGACUUACCGGCUCUUUGGUGGAUUCUGUUAAGUCGCAUCUCAAAGGAAAUGUGACACCUUCAGGGUUUGUUUACCAUCUUCUUAAACAUUAUGGAAGAAGAGGGGGUCGUGGUAAGAAUGCAGGGCCCAUACUACGCUCGGAAGAAAUUGCUUUACCCUUUCUCAAGGAUGGUUCAGGUUGUAAGACCAUGGUUGGACCAAUGAGUUAUAAGAUAAAGCUUGAACCAGUAUAUUGUAUGAUCAAGCCUGACGCACUGAAUUAUGUUAUCAAGCAUAGGGGGAUCAGAAAUGAGAUUAAGAAAACAAGAUGUACUCCUUAUGUUCGCCCGGUGAAGCUCCUUGAUAGCACUGCUGAGUGGAAGUCAAAUACUGAAACGAAUGUUUCAUCAAUGUUUGAGACCAUAAAAGAGAAGAAAUGUGUCAAGCUUGAGAAUCUUGUCCUUAAUAGGAUUUCCUAUGCCCAGACCAUUGAAAACAUAUUUGUGCUUUCUUUCUUGGUAAAUGACGGGCGGGUUGCUAUAAGAUUGGCUGAGAACGGCUCUUAUAUCGUCUCUACAAGGGAUGCAGCAGCAUGUGUGGUUCUUCCACCAAUGAGCCGUACCAGAAUUCAAUAUUCAGAUUUGAUUACAUAGAUUGGAAGGUAGUUUGAUAUUGAAAUCUAAGAUGCCUUUGGAGAUGCAUCUAAAUAAAAUCCUUUCAGGGUUAGAUUAAAAUGGAAAUAUGAUACUAAUGUGGGUGGGGUUAAGGUGACAGUAAUGAUAAGCAGAUAAUAUAUACACUUCACAAUUUAACUGGCAAGUUAUGUUAGAUUUGGUGCCAGAUGGUGAGGAGCUGAUGCCCCACAGGGAUCCUUUCAAGUUAUCCUGAUUACAACUGCAACCUCCUCCUGUAUAUGCUUGCUGUAUUUAGCACUUUUUUGUCAGCUGCUGCCAACAACAGUAUCCAAAUUUUGUAAAUAUUAUGUCGUAAAAUGAUGCAUUUCUAACAGCUUGCCUCCAGAUAUGGAGAUUUUUUGUUUUUUGUUUCUGUCUCUUGCUGCUGAAGUUACUGCCAGAGGUGCAUCUUUUUGUAAGUAAGCUAGUUGUUAGCUUGAAUGGUGGUGACUGAUUUGCUCGCCCCUAACAUAUUAGCCUUUUAGGGGUGUUUCUAAAUGCAACCGCACAUCUACUAUUCAAAGUCACAAUUUUUUAUUUUUAUUAAAUAAGUAUUUAUAAGUUUCCCAUCUGCCCCAGCUUUUUUCUCUUCUGCUAUAGGCUCCAGUGGCGUAUCCAGGGUGGGGGCAGGGGGGCAGCUGCCCCCAUUCAACCCCUAUGUAUAUAUAUUCAAUAAAUAAUUUUAUAUAUAUUUGUGUGUGAAAUAUGAAUUAGUUAUAUGGUUAAUAUGAGUAAAGUAGUGAAAGUUCUUCACAGCCUAGCGACAAAGAAGGUAUGGCUAUUUAGUAUUUACGUGAGCUUUGGAGAGGUCAUUGGUUCGAACUAGAGUAGACUUGGACCCGGUUCGGGCCGCCCGGCCCGGCCCGCCACUGUGCGGGCCCGGAACCGGCCCGGUUCUCGGGUCCGGGUCAGGCCUAGGCCCGGUGGGGGGGCGGGUCCGGGCUCGGGCCCUGUAUUUGGCGAACCGGCCGGGUCGGGCCCGGGUCCGGGCCAAAAAACUGUUUUUUAUUUUAUUUUUUCAUUUUUUUUGGGCUUUAUUGAGUUGGGCUUGAUGUUUAGGACCGGUUUGGGACUUUGGG